AUUUAUCCACAAUGAUGCUAUAAUUUAUUGAACAGAUUUUUAGGAGGUAGAUCCGAGAAGAUGAAGAUGCUACAGAACGACGUGCACUAGAACCACUCCGUUGUAGUAAGUUGUAUCCGUGGCUGCUUUUUGGUGAUACUUGAUAGUAUAUCGCUCGGUUUGCUUGCUCUUCUUAGAAGGUACAGGCAGACUGGAAUAACCUCUCUUUCAAUAAGUUACUUUGAAACACGAGGUCCCAUGACAUGACAUGACGUACUAAGGAGCAAAAAUAAAGGAUGGCCACCCCAACCGGCAGCGUUGCAUGUGGGACCCCUGAGGAUGGCGGGUUGCGUGCUGGCUUGCAACACGCUCUCGAUCAUCUUCAGAAAGCCGGUUCCCACGCGCGUGCUGCUAUGGCCACGGAUGCUGCCGAUAUUAUCAAGCGCUCUGAGUGUCUCAUCCAAGAUGAAGCGGAAUCGGCCAUGAGCUUCUAUUAAGGCUAGUAAUUGUAAUUGAUUUGUAGGUAUCUAUUAGAUUUUUAGGUAUUCGAAAAACUGAAAUAAGCGAGUAACUACUGAAAAUAAGCGAAAUACUGAACAAGGAAGAGUAGCCCUGUCAAAGCUACCUCCCUUAUUUCAGUCAGUAACUCGGUUAUUUUCAGUUUUCGAGUAGAUCUCAGAUGAAGAUACUACAGUGCGACCUGCAAUAGAGCCUGCAUCUUCCUGCUCAGCGUCAUCCUUGGCCGUUUUUCUACCAGGAGGCCCUUAGAGUGCCCUCUAUUUGAAAAACGGACCAAGGUGGAUGCACCUAGGGAUGCGAACGCGGUGGCUCUAAUUCUAUUUGUCAACAGUUUUCCAGUGGGUAACGAAUCCCUUUGGGUUGUUCGGUACAGUAAAGGACUUGAAUUGGAGUCUGCACCAAGCACGCAUGCUGGCUGAGCAGGCGGCGCAAGUUGCGCGAGCCAAUAAUGGAGGAAGCAAAACAAGCGGUCAUUGUAUGUGUGCAGCAGAAGCGUUGUUAGCCCAUGACGACUUAGGACGAUUUGUUCAUCCAGUGGCUAACAGCAGUUUGGGUGGCGGUCUAGAGUUUCUAGGUGUUACUACUGGCGGAUCGGUAACUGGAACUUUGUUGGUGUUGGCAAGCAGUGCAAUGACAUCGAGCAUGGCGUUGAGAGAUAGAGGAGAUGCGUAUGUGACAGAACAGGAGGAGGAGGACGAAAGGGACAAGGAUGAAUGCAAUUCUUCUUGUGAACAUCAUGAUGAUUUCUUGGGUCGAAGGUCCUCGAAAAUCGAGGGUGAAGAAACAAGAGGGGGUAACUGGGGCUUAAGAAGGCCCACUACUGCACACUUGUUAGUUCCAAGAACAGCGGACAGGCUUCCAUGUUCGAAUAGAUUUCUCUAGUGACUUGCUUGAAUUUGAAAGAGCACAACGCGCUCGUCUCUGGGAUGAAACGUUUGAAAGAAAC